CUGACACACACACACACACACACACACACACACACACACACACACACACACACACACACACACACACACACACACACACACACACACACACACACACACACACACACACACACACACACACACACACACACACACACCCAUGACACUUAUACAGACAACAUGCUACGGAUGAAGACUGAGCCUGAGUAUGAAGAAAAAACGAGAAUUAUGUUUAUUGCCUGUUUUAGUUGUGGCCUGUCUAGUGUCCAUAAUGGGUGGUUCAUCUCUCCCUAGCCCUAUUCUGAUUGGUCCAGACAAGGCCUACCUGAACUCCAAGGUAGUGUUCCAAUGUAGGUCACCUGGGUCUCCUCCACCAAACACAUACGAGCUCCUGAAGGACGGCAACCACCUGGUUGCCACGAGCAACGACCUCCAAGACGACCAAUCGGCUACGUUCUUCCUGAAGAUCUCUGUGACGUCAGAAGGAUCGUACCACUGCAGGGUGACGGCAGGUGGUAACAUGGGCCUCAGUGGAACAGUCCGUCUGCAAGUAGUGAUCCCUGUCUCAGGCACUAUGGUGACCUCUGACCCUGAUCCUCCCAUUCUCUACGAGGGGUUGCGGCUCACUCUCACCUGUGAUGUCACCAAGGGCUCCCACCUCUCCUACACCUGGUUCUACAACAGACAGGAAGUGACAUCAUCUCCAACCUCACCUUUGACCCCGCUUCUGCUUUGGCCGGUGGGGAACACGCUGGUGGUGGAGAGGGUCACAGCAAAGCAUGCUGGGAAUUAUUCGUGCAUUGCCGGGACCAGGAUGCAGACCAACAGCAGGUUCUCCAGCAGCAGAGAGGUCACGGUCAGGGUCAAAGCCUAUCUCUCCGUACCCCAAAUAUCCUUCACCAUCUCCAAAGAGGGUUCGAGUUACCGCGGCAAUGUGACCUGCAGGUCAUCAAGGGGAACCCCUCCCGUGACCUUCUACCUCUUCCUUGACGACAAGGAGGUGGGUUCCGACGUGGCAACGGAGUCGCUGGUUGCCUGGUUCCCCACUGCCAUGGUUCCCGGGCGUGACAUGGGCACGGUGCGGUGUACAGUGGAGAGUGAUGCACAGAGACUGACCAGCAGACCCCUCACUCUGGUAGUGGUCCCAGUAGGAGGCUCACCAAAGGUGGAUGUGGAGUACCUUUACAGGGUUGAUUCCAAGAUGGCCGCCGCUCGUCUCCAAUGCCUCCUGGGCCUCGGGACAUUCCCUUUCUUCUCCUGGUCCCUCAACGGCUCCCUCCUCCUUCACCCCUCCGAGGGAGACUCCUCUCACCCCUCUCACGCCCUCGCGGACGGAGGGCGCACCCUAUUCCUCACCGAGAUCACCCUAGAGGACUCUGGGUAUUAUCGGUGCAGGGCAAGGGACAGUUAUGACGUAACGUCCGCCUGGGUGGAAAGCCAACCUGUCCUUGUGCAGGUCACAGAAGUUGCCACUACAACCAUAGAGGUCAUGGCCAUAGUAUUCUGCUGUUUCCUCAUGCUGACCCUGGCAGGGGGUGUGGCCUGUGUGAUGAGGAUGCUCAACCGCCAACGAGACGUUGUUGCAAGCAGCGAGCAGAGAGCGAGAGCAGCACAUGAAAGACGAUUCAGCGAACAUUUCUGCAUCAAUCCAGAUCCACUUCCUCUGUCUGACAUCACUACAAGGUCAGGGGUCAAGCAAGUGGACACUUCCUGUGUUGACAGUGAUGUUGAGAAUCAGACCCUUGAGAUCACAAUAUAACCGACGUGAUGAAAUAAAACCCCAACCUAAGACCGACGAGUUCCUCACAAAAUAAUCCUUCAAUGUCAUUUUAUCCAACAAACUAUUAUAACGUUUUUUUCAAACACUUCAGCCCAUUUUUCAGAUUGAAGUGUUAUAUUUUCAAAACUCUCACAACAAAAUUCAAAACUCAUAUUGAUUGCAGUACUCGCGGGGGUAAUACACUCGACCACUGCUACUUCCGUGAUCCAUACAAAGCCCUUCCCCGCCACCCCUUCGGCAAAUCCGACCACGGCGCCAUCCUGCUCCUACCGUCUUAUAGGUAGAAACUCAAACAGGAUGUACCAGUGACUAGAACCAUUCAACUCUGGUCUGACCAAUCGGAAUCCAUUCUUCACGAUUGUUUGAUCAUGCAGACUGGGAUAUGCUCCGGUCAGCCUCAGAGAACAACAUCGAUCUAUACGCUGACUCUGUGAGUGAGUUUAUAAGGAAGUGCAUUGGAGAUGUUGUACCCACUGUGCCUAUUAAAACCUUCCCUAACCAGAAACCGUGGAUGGAUGGCGGCAUUCGUGCAAAACUGAAAGCGCAAACCACCACAUUUAACCAUAGAAAGAGGUCUGGGAAUAUGGCUGAAUAUAAACAAUGUAGUUACUCCCUCCGCAAGGCAAUCAAACAAGCGAAAUGCCGGUACAGGGACAAAGAUGAGUUGCAAUUCAAUGGCUCAGACAGAAGACGUGUGUGGCAAGGCCUACAGGAAAUCAUGGACUACAAAAAGAACACCAGCUCUGUCACGGACACCGACGUCAUGCUUCCAGACAAACUGAACACCUUCUUUGCCCGCUUUGAGGAUAUACAGUGCCAACGUUGAGGCCCGCUAUCAAGUACUGAGCCGCCCUUUCCUUCUCUGUGGCCGACGUGAGUAAAACAUUUAAACGUGUUAACACUGCUGGCCCAGAUGGCAUCCUAAGCCGUGUCCUCAGAGCAU